CACGGCUUCCUACAGCGGCUGCUGGAGCAGUGUGUUGGCCAACGUCCGCCAGAUGGCGCUGCGAGCAGGCCGGCUGCGGUCUCGUACACGCAUGCAUAGUUGAGAGCUAAAACCAGUCAGCGUUCCUGCGCAGAGCGGAGUCACCACCAUGGCCUUGUUUGUGGACUCGUGGCUCACGGAGCUGUUGGUAGCCCUGUCACUGGUGACAGUGGCGGUGUACGUAUGGUUCUCGCACAGGUACAAGUACUGGCACAAGAAGGGCGUGCCUUACCUGGAACCACAGUUUCCGUUUGGAAAUGUUUACGAAAGUUUUGUGGGCAAGCGGCCACUGCCACUGAUCAUCAGCGACGCUUAUCGGCAGUUUAAAGGUAAACGAUUCGGGGGAAUAUACAUCGUCACCCAACCAACUUUGGUGACAGUGGACCCUGAUUUCAUCCGUGACGUUCUUGUGAAGGAUUUUGGGACUUUCCACGACAGGGGAAUAAGAGUGGACGAAAACGAACCUCUGGGCAAACAUCUCUUCUUGUUAGGAGGCAGCAAGUGGCGGCGGUUACGUGUAAAGCUGACACCGACGUUCACAUCGGGGAAAAUGAAGAUGAUGUUCCAGACGAUGGCGGCGUGCGGCCGUGAGAUGGCAGAAGUGCUGCAGGGCCCGGCGGACGCGGGGGAGGUGGUGGAGAUGCGCGAGGUGGCCGCCCGCUACGCCACUGACGUCAUCGCGUCCGUCGCCUUCGGCAUCGAGGUGGACUGUCAGCGCAACCCUGACGACCCCUUCAGACAGUGGGGGCGCCGUGUCUUCGAGGCUAACGUGCUGGCCACAAUCAAUUUCCUUAUAAGCGCCAUCAAUCCAAAACUGCUGACAACAUUUAGGAUAAGAAGUAACGCGUCGGCCGUCUCGCAGUACUUUCGUGGUAUGGUGAGAGACACUGUGAAGCACAGGGAGGAUAACGGCAUAACGAGGAACGACUUCAUGCACCUGCUGAUCCAGCUCAAGAACAAGGGCUCCAUCGACAGUGACAAGAGCGUUAAUCACAAGGAGAACGAGGAGGAGGACAAUUGGAGACUAUCGAUCGAUGACAUCGCCGCCCAGGCAUUUGUGUUCUUCAUCGCCGGUUUUGAGACGUCGUCAUCCACCGUGAGCUUUGCCUUGCACGAACUGGCCUUCAACCCAGACAUCCAGUCCCGGGUGCAGGAGGAGAUUGACGCUGUUCUGAAGGACAACAAGGGAGAAGUCACUUAUGAAGCGGUGAACAGUAUGCACUACCUCGAUAAAGUUGUUGCAGAAACACUGAGGAAAUAUCCACCAGCUCCAGUACUGAGCAGGGAGAGCAAUGCCGAGUACCAGCUACCUGACAGUGACAUUAUCCUUGAGAAAGGUACUAAGGUUUUUGUACCUAUGUAUGGUCUGCAUCAUGACCCAGAGUACUUCCCAGACCCUGAACGCUUUGACCCUGAGAGGUUCUCAGAAGAGCAGAAGGCCCAGAGACACCCAUAUGUCUACCUGCCAUUUGGAGAAGGACCACGCAUUUGCAUAGGGAUGAGGUUUGGGUUACUGCAGACAAAAGUUGCUCUUACAUAUCUGCUGUCAAGAUUCAGCUUUGAACCAAGUGAGAAGUCUGUUCACCACUUGACCUUUGAGCCCAGAUCAUUUAUUCUCAUGCCAAAAGGAGGUAUCCAGCUGAGAAUGAAAAAGAGAAACCAGUCGUAGUCUGAGUUACAAAGGCUUUAACAUUUUGUACUUUAUAUAUAUAUAUAUAUAUAUAUCUGUGUGUGUGUGUGUGUGUGUGUGUGUGUGUGUGUGUGUGUGUGUUUAGCAGUUCUUGUCACAUUAUUUCUAAAGAAUAUAAAGCUGUUGUAAUUAGCAGUUAAAUGAGAUAUGUAACUAUAUUUUAUACCACUUAAGCCACUAUAUUAUAGUUAAUACACUACAUCACAUAACUCAGUUUAUCUGAGCUCCACAAUUAUGAAGAUGAUUGUUCUAAAUAUGCCAAAAUAUAAAGAAUAUUUACUAUUCAGUAAACAGUGAUUUCUUUGAAAUCCAUUGAUAUAUGCUGUUUGCUACUAAUGAUUAUCUUUGACUGAGAGAGAGUCUGGUACAGAGUCAAAUGUUUCACUUGACUUCUCACUGUGUAAGCAUAAUAGAAAUUAUCAUUUCAACUGAGACUGUAACUUUCCUGAUACACUCUGAUGGCAUGUUAGAUCACUGUAAGGUCAAUGCCCUAAGAUUCAUCAUGUUAGGAUCAAGAAUUGAUGAUUCAUUUUGCAGAGCAUUAGCACACAAGUAGUGUUUUCAUUUGCUAAUAAAAAUCUGCAUCCUGAAACCAGCAGCAACUACAAUACUGAAUAAAUUGUAAAUUUGUUUAUGAUGGUUUCCUCAAUAUUAAAGCAACGUUACAUUGAAAAAUCACACAAUUUUCUUUAGAUUAGUGUAUGUACUGUCAUUUGUCUUUCAGUGUAGCAACUGUUCUUCCAACACAAAAAUCGUGCUACAUUUAGCAUACCACCUUCAUUGUAUCAAAUUUUAAUAGAGUGACUUUCAUACUUGGAAUUUUUGGCAGUAAUCUUUUCUCUAUUUUAAGUUACUCUGAGAGGAUUGUGGAAAGAAUUUUAAAAUUCUGUACAUUGCCUGCAUACCUGCUUAAAUUGGUAUGUGAUUAUAUGGUUCUAAAACUGCCUACUUCAUCCCUUCUCUCUCUCUCUCUCUCUCUCUCUCUCUCUCUCUCUCUCUCUCUCUCUCUGUUGGCGAUCACAACCAAUGCCAAUCUGACUCUUGAUCCACAGACCUUUUAACAUAAUACAUACAUAUAGAGUUACUGAUGCAUAUGACAUAAAUAGCACUUUGUUUUUUAACAUUAUAUUUUUUAUUUGUUUUGACAAUACUCUCCUAAUGGAAAAACUGUGAGGAUACUGAUAAUAUUUCUAUGUUACAUCACUUGAAAAUAAAAUCAUUAUCAUUAAUGUUAUUAUGACUUAACCAUUGAAGUUUUUUAUUUCCAUUUGAGGAAGGAAAAGUUGACAUGUAAAUUCCAUAUUUUAGAAAAUAAGCAUUUCUUCUAACUUUACAGCAUUUAUGAAACAUAAAUUUAAGCAAGAAGUUACACAUUUCAGCCACUGGGAGAUCAUAUUCACUGUGUGUAGUGCAAAUAUUUUACUACAAAGUAUUCAGUUUCGUAUGUACUGUUCAAAAAGUGUGUCUGAACUUCAAACAAAUGCAAAGAACAUUGAAGUAAUAUGCAUGUAUAUGUUUUGCUUAUAAUGUAGUCAGUGACAGUAGGUAAUUCUUAUACAACACAGAUACAGUACCUCUGGAGGUGGCACAGAAGGUACUAAAUUGAGUAUGGUUUUAUUAAAAAGAAAUAAUUGUCCCUUGCAUAAGAUUAGAUUUUCAUAUCAUCAAUUAAUGCCAUACAUAACUUGUCUCUUGAAAUAUCUUAUUCAGCUCUCAUUUAUAUAUUAGAUCCUCUGCUGUUACUUAAAGAAACUAUUAAUGCCUUAUAUUACACUUGACAGCUAUUUCACAAACUAAACGUGUUCACCGAGGAAGAUGGUGCAAUAGCUAAGUGUGUAGCCAAAUUCAUGACGAACAGCGAUCAGAUCUCAAGUUUGAAAUAGCUUUCCUUAGUUUAUACUUUUAUGUUGCCUGGUAUAUUCUUCAUGGCAAGUAAAUUAUUCAAUUUUAUUCUCAUCAUGUAAAAAUGCACAUUUAAUAAACUAAAAUAAAAAC